UCAAGGGUAAUUCCCUUCAGCUGAUCGAACGUCCGCGGUACAACUGGGAGGAAGAUAGCAGCCAUGCCGACACCAGCGGACAAGAGGAAGAUCGUGAAGAAGCGCACGAAGAAGUUCCCGCGCUUCCAGGCAGACCGCUUCAAGCGCAUGAACCCGGCUUGGCGCAAGCCCAGAGGCAUCGAUGGCCGCGUGCGCAGGCGAUUCAAGGGCUCCACUUUGUGCCCCAAGAUUGGCUACGGAUCGGACAAGAAGACCAGGUUCCGCCUGAAGAAUGGCUUCUACAAGUUUGUCGUGCGAUGCCCAGCUGACUUGGAGAUGCUGCUCAUGCACAAUGAGAAGUAUGCCGUGGAGGUUGCCCACAACAUCGGUGCCAAGAAGCGCAAGGAGAUCGUGGAGCGGGCAGACGAGCUGCGCUUGUACGUGACCAACCGCAACGCCCGCCUUAAGCAGGAGGAGAGCGCGUGAGAGAAGCACUAGUGGAAGUCGGCCUUUUGGGCACCCCCUUUUGCAGGCGAACAAAC